UUCUCUCUGCGGUUGUUUCGGUGCUUUUUUUUUUACAGUUCCUUAUUCGAAGAAACCUCUCUUUAAGUUCGUGUAUGGUUUAGUACAAGUAUUUGACGUUUGACGAUUAUUGUAAUAAUGGAGGAUCGAGGUAUAAAUUUUACGAAAAAAUUUAUUUUGAGUUCAUCCAAACACGCCCUUAAAGAGCUGUCCGAAAAUUGCCGGCGCCGGCGUCGUUUUAAGACUGUCCGUAUUUCCGUUACGGAUCCCGACGCAACGGAUUCGUCGAGCGACGACGGCGGCGGGAUUUUCCGGCGGACACGUGUCAAGAAGUACGUGAGUGAGAUUAGAAUGGAGGCGGCUAUCAGUAGUAACUGUAGCAAUUGCAGGAACGUCACUGUAGAGGACCACCGGCCGAAGUCGAAGCCAAUCAAGGGAAAAAAAUCGGCGGCGGCGGUUGGUCAGGGCGGCGGCGGCGGCAGGAAGUUCAGAGGAGUGCGGCAACGUCCGUGGGGCAAAUGGGCGGCGGAGAUUCGAGAUCCUUCUAGAAGAGUCAGGCUUUGGCUUGGGACCUACGACACGGCGGAGGAGGCGGCGAUGGUUUACGACAACGCGGCGGUGAAGCUGCGUGGACCCGACGCGCUGACGAAUUUCUCGACCCCGCCGGAGACGAACCAGUCGUCAUUUUCCGGCUACGAUUCCGGCGAUGAAACGCACGAGCUUUCUUCUCCGACGUCUGUUCUCCGUUUCAGAAACGCCGACGAUUUUGCCGAACCGAGCAGGUCCGAACCGGAAUGUGUUGUGGAGCGGUCGAGCUUCGAACCGGAUGAGAGAAGCUGCAAAACGACGCCGGAUUACUCGAAGGAGUAUUUGCCUAUGGACAUUCCGUUUGUGGAAAGCUUCUUGAAUUUUGAGGGAGAAGACGAGCCGUUGUUAUUGGACGGCUACGAUGAAAUCACGGCGAUGUGCACGGAGAAUUGUCCGCCGUUGGAUUCGCUUGACGUGGACGAUGAUUAUUUUCAGGACAUGAUAAGAAGUUUUGGCCGGUCUUCCGAUCAUAUCAUAGCUUGUUAGCUCCUAAUUAAUUUGUCUAAAUAUAUCCUUGUAAUUAAAUCGAGGUUUUUCGUUUCUUCAAAUCUUCCGCAAAAAUAUAUGGCCAAUAAUAUAAAUUUCGUUU